CAGGAUCCACAGUUCAAGUCUCAGGGGAAGAACAAACUGAAAAAUGCCCUCAUUCAGGCUUUGUUUGACCACCUCAGUCAAAAAACCAUGUAUCCCUCUCACACUCAAUAUGUUCUUACAUUGAGAUCAACCUUGAUUCGCUUCCCUUUUCUCAGGGAGAAAUAUGGCUCUGGAUACGAUGCCUUGCUCGAAUCACUUAGAAACAAAUUUAAGAAAGAAAGAAGACCACUAGUGAACUUGGAAGAAGUUUUCAAAAUGAAAGAGAAGUACUCGGCACGCCAUUCAGGACGAAAGCGGGGGGUUGAGACUGAGGAGGUUUGCCUGCAGAAGAGGAGCUGCGAACAGGAGGUUUCCUUGGAUUCUGCAGAAGACUUGAGAUCCAUCCUUCAGCACAUUGAGGUUUUGCAGCAGGAGCACCAUAAGGCGAGGCCAAGUUUUGAUAUAAUUCUACAGCGGCUCGACAGAACCAAGACCUAUCGGCAGCACUACAUUCAAAACCACACCACUGCUGAAGUCCUUAAAGAAUUUCCCUGUCUCAUGAGACCAAAUAUUCUCCUUGGAGAGAUGAAAAGAAUCUACAAGAUCGACGCUGAUAAAACCAUCCUAACAAAAAUGGGAGAACUUGCGCCAAAGUUGUUAGAAAAGGCCCCUAAAGGUACUUUAAAAGACACCUGCCUGCAGACACUGCAGUCAUGUGAGGAUGAACAAGAAAGAAAAGGAACCCAUUUCUCCCACACCCACCAUCGUGAUGACCGGCUCCAACCCCCUGUCCAGCACGGAAGUAGCUGUGAAGAUGGAUGGUUGUAACAUGAUUUUAGAUGAUGGUAGCAUUGAUGUCAGUUUGGCCUUAGCUGUGUCUUUUUCUCUUUUCCAUGUCUAUCAAGUUCACUAUCCCAAACCUCUCCUAAAGACACUGGCCUUUCUUGAGGCCUUUGUCUUUCAGAUGAAAAGUGCUGUUCCUCUGACAGUGCAGAAGCUGUUCAAUUCCCUUCACUGAUGUUGUGAUGUUGUGUGUGUGUGUGUGUGUGUGAGUGAGAGAUUGCACCUGUGUGUCUAAAUGAUCAGUUAAUUUAAUAACAACACAGGCAUUGCUAUUUUGAUGUGUGUGUAUGUGUGUUUCUGUAUAAAUGAUCGGUUAAUUGAAUAACAACAGACAUUGCUAUUGUGUGUGUGUGUGAUCACACCUUGCUUUUGCUAUUGCUAUUUUGAUUGCUGUUUUAAUCAGUUGAUUACAACGCUUUAUAUGUGUAUGUGUGCGCGCAAUGGUAUAGUUGAUGAUCACUAAUGAACUUGUA